UGUUCAACAAUACCAAAAAAAUUACACAAAAUUAUUAAAACAUGCUCGGUUCCACCACAGUACGCAAGAAAACAUAAAACUAAAACAAAAUGCUGGCUUGAUUUUUUUUAAAUAAUUGUUAUAUUUAAAAUGAGAUUAACCCUACGAACAUCAAUAUAUGUCCGAGAUAAAUUAUGUAUUCUUUAUGGGAAAAUAGCUGAGGAUAAAUAUCCGUUUAUGGCUUGGAUGGGCACUUGUGGAGCAAGUUUAGUUGAUCCUCAUUGGAUUCUAACAGCUGCUCAUUGUACAACCAAAUUUUUGGAAAAACCCAAGCCAAUACAUUUUGGAAGUAAUUUAAGAGGAAAAGGUUGGAGUACAAAACAUACAGCUGUAUUUAAACACCCAAAAUUCGUUCAUAAUAAAAUAAAAGAUCGUGUAAUUCAUGAUAUUGCAUUAAUCAAAUUAGAAAAUCCAGUACCAAGUGAAAUUGGAACACCAAUAAAAUUACCAAAUAAUCCACCAGUAUCAAAUUAUGAUAAAUUUAAUGCGACAAUGAUUGGUUGGGGAUAUAAUAGUAUACCAUUUUUAGCACCAAGUGACUAUUUAUUAGAAGCAAAACUCGUAAUGGGUGGUAAUUUACCAUAUACAUUCUGUCAAAUACCAGGUAAAUUAUGUAGUUUAGUAUCGACAGAUGAGGGACCACGUAUGGCACCGGGUGAUAGUGGUGGACCAUUAUUUUUUGAAGUUAAUAAUGAAUUCAUACAAAUUGGUAUUAUAACUGUGUUGUGGCUGCAUCCACUUAAAGCCUAUAUCAAUGAAUUUACCGAUGUUGCUUAUUACUCAAAAUGGGUGAAUACUAUCAUGUCCACACAUUAAAUUAUAAAUUGAUUAUAAAUUUACCUUGCGGGCGACACAAAAUGAAAAUGGAUAU